CAUUACGAAAGCAGCCAAGGCUCUGCAAAACAACUUUAACUGAUACAGAAAAAAGAAACAAGUUGGAUUUCUGUUUUUGACUCAACAAGUUAGCAGCAAAGGCUAACUUGGCACAACACAAGGUAGUCACCUGAGCUUGACUAUGACUGCAGAAAUCUGGGACAUUAUUAUUGUCGGUGCCGGACUGUCUGGACUGAGUGCAGCUCAUCUGCUCAGAAAAAAGGACGCCAAGUUGAGAAUACUGGUACUGGAAGGAAAAGGUCGGGUGGGAGGUCGCACAGUGACCACCGAUAUACCAGCAGCAGGUGGUGUUGAUUGCUGGGACUUUGGAGGGCAAUGGGUAGGAAGCACCCAAACACACAUCUUGGAGCUUAUAAAGGAGCUGGGCUUAGAGACCUACCCGCAAUUUAGCACUGGCAAGAAGGUGCACCAUAUGGGCGGGCCAGAUGCCAAAGUUCGCACCUACAGAACAAGUAUCCCUGUUCUAUCCCCAAUGGUGCUAAUGGACCUCACUCAGCUCCUGUGGAAGCUUGACAGAUUAUGUGCCACAGUAUGUGUCCAGGACCCUUCAAAGACUCCCAAUGCUGUGGACCUGGACAGUAUGACCCUGUACUCAUACCUUGAGCAACAUACUUGGACAGCAGAACUAAAAGAGGAGAUGGGACUAUGUAGCAGGUCUGUCUUUGGCAUGGAACCAUGUCAGAUGUCUUUCCUGUUUUUCCUCAUGUAUGCUGCAGCAGCUGGAGGAAUGCUGCGUCUUCUGGAGAACACUCCAGGUUCGGCUCAAGAGCUAAAGAUAAAGGGAGGCACCCAACAGCUUUCAGAGCGUCUGACAGAAUGUGUGGGGUGGAAGAAUGUCCGGCUGGGUUCUGCUGUGACGGCCAUAUGGCAGGAUGCUGAGUGGGCCAAAGUGACAACUCCCACUGAAACCCUUCUGUGCAGAGCUGUGAUUGUCACCUGCCCCCCUCACUUGGCAGCAAAGAUCCACUACGAGCCAGCCCUGCCCAGCCAGAGAGAAUUCCUUAGCCAGAACAUGCCUGUGGGCCACAUGAUAAAAUUCAUUAUUACCUACCAGAAGGCUUUCUGGAAGGAGAAGGGCUUCUCUGGUGAAAUAGUGGCAGGGUCCUCCACUGACUGUCCAUUCAGUGUUACAUUUGACGCCACCAGCCCCAGUGGUAAUGCUGCUCUGGUAGGCCUCAUUACUGGCCAGCAGGCUUCUCAAUGGAGCUCCAAGGAGGCUGGACAGAGAAGAACAGCUGUGCUUUCUAGUCUGGUCAAAUACUUGGGCGCAGAGGCCGCUUCUUUCAUCCACUAUGAAGAGAAAGACUGGGCUGAGGAGGACUACAGUGGGGGCUGCCCUGUAAAUGUCAUGGCACCAGGUCUGCUAACAUAUUACCACCCUAGCCUGAGGAAGCCAUGUGGCAGAAUCCACUGGGCUGGAACAGAGACAGCCACCGAGUGGUGUGGAUAUAUGAGCGGCGCCAUACAAGCUGGACAGCGGGCGGCUCUCGAAGUACUGGCUGAACUCCGCCCCAUGACUCUGAGCCAGGAGGAAAAGGAAGCAGUGCGGUACAAUCAAACUGUCAAGGGUCCCAACCAGCAAUCACAGUCAUUUAUAUUCGCAUACCUGUCUACAAGAAAGGCUGUGGUCAUUGCAAUAUUAACCGUAAGUGCUGCUCUCUUACUGGCCCAGCGUCAAAAUGCUUUGCAGAAAGUUAAAACUUUCUUGACCAAUGCAUUUUCAACAACCAAGCAGAACAAAUUCCUACUGUAACAAUCACUUGAUUAGAUUUAUAUUAGAAUGAAUGAAAGCGCAGUUCAGUUUUUGCUGGGGUCAUGUAGAAAGAUAAAAAUAUAAUAAAAUAUAAAAAUAAUAUUG